GUCAUAUUUCCCGGACGAGGAAAUAACAAUUUAAAAAAAAAAAAAACAAUGGCAGGCGGAUUUUCAGAUACAGAGUUAGCACAACUUCGAAACAGAUUUAAAAGAGAUGCGGGGCUUCUUUUGAACCCGGAAUCGGAGAACGACGAGAAGAGCAAAGAGAAGGCAGACUCCAAACCGCUCCCACGCUUAAACCGUCACUCCGUGUUCUGGAUUUUGGCUUCCAUCAGUUUGACCUACUACGUGGAUUUCUUCGGCGUCAUCCUGGAAAAUGAAGAAAUCAAAAGUUGGUGGUUUAAUGUGGGUUUGGUGCUGCUGACUGUUUGUCUGUGCCUCGCCCUGUUCUGCAUUGUGUACCUGGAGUGGUUGAAGGGAAUUCAGCAUUAUGAUCAGGAGUACCCGGCCAUCCCACCGAUCACCACCUCCGCGUUCAUCGCCGCCUCCUUCAGUUUUAACAUUGCACUGUGGCCUGUGUGGUCCUUCUUCACCCCUGUGAUUCUCUUCACUCAGUUUAUGGGAGUCGUGAUGGUGAUCUCACUGCUCGGAUAAAAGCAACACGUACACGGGCGAUCGGAUUCCCAAAAAGAAAAAAAAAGCAGUGUUUUUGAUGUUUAAGACAUUUUUGGCUUCUACUAUGUCGUCUUUGUCUGUGGGCUUUGUGUCAUUGUGCUGUCUGAACUGAGCUGACUUCUUUUUCCGUUUUGGGUCAGACUGUGACGCAGAUUCCUAACGCAGUAAUGUUUCAUCUUCUUUUGCAUCUUUUUUUUAUGUUUCAGGGUUCGAUUGUAACUUAUUUUUAUGUGCACGGUCCAAUAAAUAUCUCAUCGUAACAGAACAACACAAUUUGCUACAA